GCGAGCAGGCGGGGAGGCAGCGCGCAUCACUCGGGUCCCCUUCCUGCACCCAGCCGCCACUUGCCGGUUGCUAAGCAGUUAUCAUUGUUUCUGUGGCGAUUGCAGAGGCUGUUGCUAAUUGCAGAAGCCCCACACAGCAGCAGCGUCUCCCCUCUCCCGAUCCACUCUCUGCUCUUACCGAAACUGGGCUGGUCUGCCGACCUUCCUCCCCCACCCUCUCCAAAAUAGCCUUUUGAUUCGGAAGUAUGGACUAAAAUCACAUCGCUCCUCCUGCUCUCCCGUGUGGACUCUGGUGGCUCCAGGCUUGCCUUCAGUCCCCACCUGCCCCGUGGUGGCGAGCCCCCGGGCAGAACAUGACCACGGCCAAGGAGCCCAGUGCUUCGGGGAAAUCCGCGCAGCAGCAGGACCAGGAGCUGGUGGGGAGUAACCCUCCGCAGAGGAACUGGAAGGGCAUAGCGAUCGCACUGCUCGUCAUCCUGGUCAUCUGCUCCCUGAUCGUCACCUCGGUCAUACUGCUGACACCAGCGGAAGACAACAGUCUUUCUCAAAAGAAGAAGGUCACCGUGGAAGAUCUCUUCAGUGAGGAUUUCAAAAUUCAUGACCCGGAAGCCAAGUGGAUAAGUGAUAAAGAAUUCAUCUACAGGGAACAGAAAGGAAAUGUGAUACUGCGGAACGUCGAAACAAAUAAUUCCACCGUGUUAAUAGAAGGCAAAAAAAUUGAGUCGCUCCGAGCCGUCAGAUACGAAAUAUCCCCUGACCGUCAGUACGCGCUGUUCUCCUACAACGUGGAGCCCAUAUAUCGACACUCCUAUACUGGAUAUUAUGUCCUGAGCAGAAUUCCUCAUGGGGAUCCUCAAAGUCUGGACCCACCCGAAGUCAGCAAUGCAAAGCUCCAGUAUGCAGGAUGGGGUCCCAAAGGCCAGCAGCUGAUCUUUAUCUUUGAGAACAACAUCUACUACUGCGCGCACGUCGGGAAGCAGGCCAUCCGCGUGGUCUCCACCGGGAAGGAGGGCGUGAUCUACAACGGCCUCAGCGACUGGCUGUAUGAGGAGGAGAUUCUGAAGACCCACCUCGCACACUGGUGGUCCCCGGACGGCACGAGGCUCGCCUACGCCACAAUCAACGACUCCCGCGUGCCCCUCAUGGAGCUGCCCACCUACACGGGCUCCGUCUACCCCACGGUGAAGCCCUAUCACUACCCCAAGGCUGGGUGCGAAAACCCCAGUAUUUCCCUGCACGUCAUUGGCUUAAAUGGACCCACCCACGAUCUGGAGAUGGUGCCACCAGACGACCCUCGAAUGAGGGAACACUACAUCACCAUGGUGAAGUGGGCCACCAGCACCAAGGUCGCCGUGACCUGGCUGAACCGGGCGCAGAACGUGUCCAUCCUCACCCUCUGCGACGCCACCACGGGGGUCUGCACGAAGAAACACGAGGAUGAAAGCGAAGCCUGGCUGCAUAGACAGAAUGAAGAGCCGCUGUUCUCCAAGGAUGGCCGCAAGUUCUUCUUUGUGAGAGCGAUCCCCCAGGGAGGGCGGGGGAAGUUCUACCACAUCACCGUGUCCUCGUCCCAGCCCAACAGCAGCAACGACAACAUCCAGUCCAUCACCUCGGGGGACUGGGACGUGACCAGGAUCCUGUCCUACGAUGAGAAGCGGAGCAAGAUCUACUUCCUGAGCACCGAGGACCUGCCCCGGAGACGCCAGCUCUACAGCGCCAGCACCGUGGGCACCUUCAACAGGCAGUGCCUGUCCUGCGACUUGGUGGAGAACUGCACCUACUUCAGCGCCUCCUUCAGCCCAAGCACAGACUUCUUCCUGCUCAAGUGCGAGGGCCCUGGCGUUCCGACCGUGACUGUGCACAACACCACAGAUAAGAAAAAAAUGUUUGACCUGGAAACGAACGAGCACGUGCAGACGGCCAUAAACGAACGGCAGAUGCCCAAAACAGAGUACAGGAGAAUCGAGGUUGACGACUACAGCCUGCCAGUGCAGAUCCUGAAGCCCGCGACCUUCACCGACACAGCCCACUACCCCCUGCUGCUGGUGGUGGACGGGACCCCAGGCAGCCAGAGUGUGUCCGAGAAGUUCGAGGUGACCUGGGAGACGGUGCUAGUGAGCAGCCACGGUGCGGUGGUGGUCAAGUGUGAUGGCCGAGGCAGCGGCUUCCAGGGGACCAAGCUGCUGCACGAAGUCAGGCGGCGGCUGGGCAUCCUGGAGGAGGAGGACCAGAUGGAGGCCGUGCGGACGAUGCUGAGAGAGCAGUACAUCGAUAGGACCCGCGUGGCUGUGUUCGGGCAGGACUACGGCGGGUACCUGAGCACGUCCAUCCUCCCGGCGAAGGGGGAGAAUGAAGGUCAGACUUUCACCUGCGGCGCUGCUCUCUCUCCAAUCACAGACUUCAGACUCUACGCAUCUGCCUUCUCUGAGCGGUACCUGGGCCUCCACGGACUCGACAACAGAGCCUACGAGAUGACCAAGGCAGCCCUGCGCGUAUCAGCCCUGGAGGAGCAGCAGUUCCUGAUCAUUCACGCCACUGCAGACGAAAAGAUCCAUUUCCAGCACACGGCAGAACUCAUUACCCAGCUCAUCAGGGGGAAGGCCAACUACAGCUUACAGAUAUACCCGGACGAAAGCCAUUACUUCCACAGCGCCGCCCUCACGCAGCACCUGUACCGGUCCCUCAUCAACUUCUUCGUGGAGUGCUUCCGGAUCCAGGACAAACUGCCCACAGCCGCCACGAAAGAGGACGAGGAGGAGGACUAGCCAGGCGUCCGCGGAAGCACAAAGCUGGCUCUUUCUACAACCGUAUGCAACUGAGGCUCCCCGCCCGCCCUCUCCCCGGCGGCCCGACGCGUCUGCGUCCCCUAGCAUGUGUGUCUCGGUCCAGAGGCAGAUCGGCUCCGGCCCGGC